CACCUUCUGCUCAGCAUUCAUUUUUCACAUUGACACGACUUUAUAUGUGACACCGGUUUGCAUUUUUGCUGCACAGCCGUCCUCUGUGCAGCGAUGACUGAUGAACGGUGACUCCCCGAAUUAGUUCACUGAAUUUUUCUGAUGACAUUUGGACGUAGUGAAAAUGCUUUUCAGCAGCACCACUACUCAUGUCCUGCACCAGCAUGGCAUACUCACCUUCCUCCCCUUUGCUUUUCAAAAACUGCAGGCAGAGCAGCUCCUCUUCCUUGUCGACACUGUAGGACGCUGUGACAGAAAGAAAUGUAAACAAAACACAAGGAUUGUGGGAAGUAUAGUGUUUCACAGAAAUUUCACUGGAAACUACAAUGCCGGAGUGCGCUCGACUAUGAAAGCUUUGAUGACUGCAGACAUUCCGCGCUGAGUCUGCUCCCCUCCUGAUCUGCAGUGGAUCCCCACAGUUCACGAUUCAGCAUUUGCAAUUCCCACAAAUUAGCGGAUUUUUGGUCAGGACAAAUUACAGUUUUAAUAAUUGACGUUUGUUUUUUGUUUUUUUCUCUGAAAAUUAGCAGUUUUUUACAGGAAACAUCUCAUUCACACUAAGUUAGUAAUCAUUUAUAAAUUUGUGAAAGCAUAAAAUACACAGCAUAAUAAUACAACAUACAGUACAGCAUACAUCUACGAUGUGACAUCGGUGCAAGAUGGCUACAGGUGUACUUGGGAACUUUCUUACAAUCUGGCCUCAAAACAUGCUGGCGAACACAAGUUAAUAUACAGUAUGAUCGUACGUCAUCAGUGGAAUUACAACAAGCAGUGUGGAUUACGUAGACAUUGCUUGGUGGAACGCCUUCUCUGACAGCUAGCCAGGACAACCAAACGGUCUACGGAGCCGCAUGCCACCACUCGCCCUUUUAGGGGGAAAUGGCAGCGGCGCCACAGGAGACAGAAGCGUGGUUGUACCGCUAUCCUAAUGACCAGGCUCAAGGCUAGACUGUAACUUCAAUUCCAUCUGUUCUAUCGACCAUUUUUCAUUUUCAUUCAUUAGUGGUAAGUACCUAUAUAUUUUAUAAUUUAAAAUGUGUUUUAAAAAGUGUUCCAGGCAUUCUAUUGGGCUCAAGGCUGGAUUACGCUUCUAUGCAUUUAGCUUGUUACCUGGGCAACAAUGGCAAUUGAAGAGAUAUAUUGCUUACAAAACUUGGGGAAUAAGUGCUUGAAUGAGGAGGGCUUUGGUGGCAAAAAUUUAAAUGAGCCAAUACUGUAGUAGUUUUUGCUUUAAUUUACUAAUUUUGCAAUAUUGACUUCAGUUUGCUCAAAAAUUGUAUGUAAUGAAGGGAAUAAUUGUAUUUUGUUUAUUGUUACAUUAUCUACAUAUUCAUUUAUAUAUUGUUAAAUUAUUCACAGAUAAGGUUGUUGAUCAAAUGUUUUUGUUUGCGUGAAAUCUUUGUCCUGCGUUUUAUUCAGAUUAUAAUCAUGAUCAAUAAAUUAAAGGCAAAAUCACAAUCAUUCAAUGAUUUUGACAAAUUUUAAGUAAAAAAUGUAAUCAGUAUUGGUAUCAGCAACACUGGCCCUGUAUGUACUUGGUAUCGGAUCAAUACCAAAAUUUGAAGCACCGCCCACCCCUAGCACAAACCAGGCAGUCUCUCUUCUGACAUAAGACAGGCUGGACACACCCUGCUUGCCUUUGCGAUAGCGUGCAGUGCGGUGACAAAACAGCUACGUCGAGCCUGUAAAAGAGAGAGAGGAGAAUGCUGAGUCAGUGAACAUGCCAUGAAAGCCCUGGGAGAGGGUGCCAGAGGGUAAACGCCAGGGCGAGAGGGUAGAGAAAGGUUACACGCAGGGAAGGUAAGAUGUUAAAUCUCCCUUUCAAAAAAAUGUUUUCAUUACUUUUCACCCAUUUUACUGCAAUCUGUCCAAGAUGAAUGUCCAUUUGCCUGGGUUGUCCCGGGUUGCCGUCUGCGGCGGCACCCAUGGAAAUGAGCUCUCGGGGGUCUACCUCGUGAGGGAGAUGCUGAGGGUGGGAACAGGAGACGAAGAUGUGUCCAUGCAGACGGUGCUGUCCAACCCGCUGGCCACCGAGCUUUGCCGCCGCUACCUGGACACCGACCUCAACCGCUGCUUCACCCAUGCCGCCCUCAACGGCCCUUUACCCGAUCCGGCGCCCUAUGAAAUAGUCCGCGCCCGAGAGCUGAACGCCAUGCUUGGCCCCAAAGGGAGUCCACGAGCCGUGGACCUAGUUUGUGACCUCCACAACAGCACAUCCAACAUGGGCCUGUGUCUUAUCAACUUCUCUGACUGUGACUGGAUCAGCCUGCAUAUAUACCGCCACCUACAGAGAGAGAUGCCAGAUAUCCCAGUGAGGUACAUUCAUUUGGAUGUCCCAGACAAGGAUUCUUUUUCCGUGGCUUCAGUUGGAAAACAUGGUUUUGCGUUAGAGAUCGGGCCUCAGCCUCACGGUGUGGUGAGGUCUAACAUUUACUCCGCCAUGAAAGAAGGUCUUCAGCAUAUUCUCGACUGGGUGCGUCUCUUCAACUCAGGCGUCGUUUUCAAAGGGGGACCAGUGGACGUGUUCACCACGGUUGGGCACGUGGACUAUCCGAGAGAUGGUGACACGCAAAACAUCACGGCGGCCAUUCAUCCUCAACUCCAGGACAGAGAUUUCUGCCUCCUCCACCCUGGAGACCCCCUCUUCCAGACUUUUUCAGGCCAAAGCGUGAGCUACAAAGGCAGCCAAGCUCUUUACCCGUUCUUCAUCAAUGAAUGCGCUUAUUACGAGAAGGGCGUCGCUCUCUACCUUGCCACCAAGCGCACUUUCACCAUCCCAGCGGUCCGGGUACUCAAAGAAGACUAUCAGGACGUGAGAUUCCAAUCGGAAGAAGAGGAGGAAUAACGCUUGUAAAUGGGGAAAAAAAGUCUAUACAAAAUAUCACCACUCCAGUUGGCUCCCUCAGAUCCUCCGCUUCUAUUCACCUCACCGUGCCUCCUGCCCGCCUCAGCAACAUGGGGAGCAGAGAUUACAGUCUCUCUGCUCCCCAACUCUGGAAGUCAUUACCAUCUGACAUUCAAAACAUUGAGUCACUAUCUGUUCAAGACUGCAUAGCGUACUCCCUAUGACUGCUUCUGCACUGCCCUUCUACUUGUUCAUGUUUUUAUCCUUUUAUCCUUGCUUAUCUUGUGCAGUGUCCUUUUUAGAAAGGAGCUUACAAUUGAAAUGUAUUAUUAUUAUUAUUAUUAUUGUUGUAUAUAUUAAAUACUACUACUAAUAAUAACAAUAAUAAUAUUAAGAAGAAGAAGAAAAUGAGGCCUUCCUGAUAUGUAGCCUCGCUCAUGUCAACUUAUUGCUGCCCUCGGUAUCCUCUAGGAUAAAUAAAAAUAAACACAUGCUAACGUAAGAGCAACUUUUUACAUUUUUUUUUUCGAUAUUCUUAUUGUCAAAAAUGGGCUACUUUUUUUUUUUUAAUACAACUGUAGUCUCAUAAUAUUUACAACUCUUGUCUACUAAAAAAAUCUGAAUUUAAUCAUCAUAUUCCGACUUUUUAAUUGCCUAAAGCUUUGCAUCUCGAAAUAUUCCAUCUUAUUUUUUGAUUUCACAAAAAAAAAUCAUCCAUCUUUACAGGUGGACUUAUUUUACAACAUUUCAUGGUUACUAACACUCACAAAUUAUUAACACUGUAAAAAAAAAAAAAAAAAAAAAGAGAACCUGUUGCGUGCUCCUAGCAGAAGAACACGUAUGCGGAGUAAUACAGUACAUAGAUGGAGUCAUAUGGAGUCGGGUCGCUACGCUUCCUCAUUUUUGUUCAUUGUCAUGAACUUUUUACCUUUAGCCUCCUUUAUGUCUCCCAAGCGUGAGACAGACUCUUCCGGUGGCAGCCCGCCAAAAAAAGGAAAGUGGGAAAAAUGAAAUUGGAGAUGGUCGGCUGCAUGCGCGGUCCAAGGUGCUCCAAUGCAGCAUCCACUAUGAAGGAUAAAGAUAGGAUCUGCUCCUAUGAAAUGCACAUGAAACCUGUCUCUCCCUCCCUCGCAGUGCCUCGUCCAGUGUGCAAGACAACUUAUUAUUGUAUUCUAUAUGUCCUGGUGUUCCAUGUACACUGUGAGUGACUUAGGUGUUAAUUUAGCUGUCAUUUAGGUAUAAGUUCGAUCACGGUCGUAGGAACGAACCUCAUUCGUAGACUAAGAACCACCUGUAUUUGUAAGAUUUCAUUUUUCGUUUUAUGAAUAUAUAAAUAUUCCAACGUCUAAAAAUAUAUUCCCUUUUUUCCUGUAAAUAUACAACUUUUAUCUUGAAAAAAAUACAACUUUUUUUUUUUUUUGUAAAACACAACUUUCGUCCUGAAAUGUUACUAUUAUCUUGAAAAAAAUAGUGUUACUUGACUUUUUCAAAGUAUUCAGUAUAUUGUACUACGGUAUACGUUAGAGUAUAUAAGCUUUGUGUUACAGGUGACAAAGUGACAAAUUAGUGUAAUAUCUAAAAACACUCUAUGUCUUUGCACUGUUUUUUCUUUGUAGGAAGUUACAAGUGAAACAGUAAGAGUUUGAACAGGUUGAUGAUUAUUUUUAUUUUUAGUAAAGUUACCUUACUGAAGUGCAGCGUUCAUAGCUGCAGUGUGCAGCAGUGUCUCAUUGUCUCUUUUACGUAGGUGAAGUGUUCAAAAACGGGUGCGCCACACUUCAACGUCGAGGCCAGGAAGCGGGGUGCACGUAGCUGAGGAGAUCCGCCAGGUCACAUUAGCCCGUCACCGUCACUAACGGGCGGGGCCUUGCGGCUAAUGUCACCUAUACUCUCCGAUGUACUGUAUACUUGUCGCCGAAUGCCUCGCUUUUUCAUCCGCAUUCAGGCAGACUGUCCCACUGUCCCCUGAAAUAUGUACAAUGUGGCAAAUGGUACAGUUCGCCAACUUGGACAGACACCAACACAGUGCAACAUGUAUGGCAUAACUUCCAGUCCAAAAGGUGGCUUGUCCGGUGCAGGACGGACUUUUACAGUGUUUCAUCCCUAGUGUUAACAAUUAAGUGAAAGAAAACACUCAGCAGCGGGCUUUGGUGAGAGGUCCGCACACCUUUGUCUCAGCCUGAAAAGGGUAUCAGCCACAGUCAUGAUUUACUUACCUGAGGGUAUUCCAGAAAGCAGGUGAAAACUCUAAAACACUGAGAUGAGGGAAACUCUGGGUUUUCUAUUCCAGAAAGAGAGGUAAGUCAAACCAUGGUAACUUACUUUGAACCUAACCUUGCUUCCUGGUUUCUUUUCAAGCAUCUCCAAUUUUACUACUUAUUGUACUCAAAUUGGUCUAGCAUACAAAGUAUGAAAUAUAUCUUGUUAGUCAAAAUACCCUUGAUUUUAGAUCUUGCUUAGAUUUCAAUUCUAAAAAAAAAAAAAUUAUUAAAUAAAUAUUAAAACAUUUAAAAACAAACAAAUUUGUCUAACAUAUAGAAAGGAACUGUAUAUAACUAUAUUUCAACUGUUUUAGAUUUCAUGUUAGUCAUAAUUAAAUGGGGAGAAUUUGAUUAUUUUGGAAUUUCAUUAUUGUAAAUAACACCAAUAUGUGAGCGAUCUUAACAACCAAAAUAAUCUGCUAACGAGCUGUAAUAGCAGAAUAUUUUGCUUAUUUUAAGAAGCAUAUGUCAGAUUUUAUUACCUCAUAAGCAAAUUGAUCUACUAUAGAACAUGCCUGGUAAGAAACAUAGCCGCUUUAGGACAUUUAUUUAUACAUUUAUUAUAAUAAUGACGACACCGGACAAUGAAAACAUAAUUUAAAAAUAUUUAUUUGUGUCAGUCACAAGACAUUUCAAUAAAAAUAAAAAAACAGCAGAAAAUUGUUCACUUACACAUAAAAAUGUAAUAUUUAACCAACAAAGGAAGCAGUGUUUUCAAUAUAUAAAAUACUAUAUAUUAUUUUCUUCUUUCUCUUUAACUUCACGACUGGAUUACUAAGAAUACAGUAUAUGAAAAAAUAAUUGAAGUGCAAAGCAUUACAAGCUAUAGCUUUAUCGCAAUAUUGUGGCCUUUCAUUUACAUUCAUGAUGCUCGACAUUAAAACCGGUUAGUGUUCCCUUGCUCUAGCGCGGUUCGCCUUUCGCGGAUUCAGUUUACCGAAUUAUUUUUGUGCUUUUUUUUCAAUUUUUUUUAAAUUCUAGCAUAUGAACGCUGUUACAGGUUGAGCCUGGCCCUUUAAGAAGAAUUGCACUGUGGAGAAGUUGAGUGUCUCUCUAUGCCCUCUCUCGCCUGUGUGCACCGCCCAUUGUUUUCUGCGACCUGAUUGGCUGUAGACCAUUGUCAAUCAAUCUCCUUCCUGCCGUGUGCCCUGUGUCAUCGCUAACUUGAUAGCUCGUAAAUGAAUCUUCGGUUCGAAGGAGGAGGAUUGCAGCGAGAUGUAACAAGGAUACAAAAACGCUACACUACAGCGGAACGGGGACAGGACAAAGGGCACGGUCACAGGAGAGAAAUACGCGUGAGUGACUUCAUCAUUUCUUGUGUCCUGCCUGUAGGUUGAUCAUUAAAAUUCAAUUCAGGACUUUUACAGCCUUAAACCAUAUAAAAUAAUGGCUACUUCGCGCAUUUCACUUAUUGUGGGCUAUUUUGGGAACCUAUCCCCUGCGAUAAACGGUGGAACACUGUGCAUUAUUUUCUUGUAGUGUUUCUAUGGAAUCACAGCCUUGCAAAAAAUAAAGAAACCUUUUCAGUGAAUGUGGAAAACAAAGAAGCACAAUCACGUAAAAUAAUGUAAAUAAAAAAACCUACAGAGUAGUAGAAAAGACAAAGCAAAUAUGCAAAGAAAUGUAAAUAAAUAGCAACUUAAUUUACAAAAUAACGUACAUAGUUCGGGCCACAAUGAAAAGACAAAAAACAAGAUAAGUAAGGAUACAAGUCGUAAUGUUACCAAAAUACAGUCAUAAUAUUACAACAAAAAGCUGUAAUUUUACCAGAAGUUGUUUUUUUUUUAAUAAAAAAACUGUCAUCUUUUACAAAAACUAAGUCUUCAUAUUUAAAAAAAAGUCAAAUAAAAUCAUACAUUUACCAGAAUGUCAUAUUUCUUUCCAGGAAGUAGGUGCCCAUGUUAUGACUCGUGAUUUUAAGAAAAAAAAGACAUAAUGCUGCCAGAAUAAAGUCCUAAUAUUGUGAGAAACAAGCUGUCAUCUAACGUGAAUUACGUCCAAAUAUUGUAAGAAAGACGUAAUUGUACAAAAAAAAGUUUUUUCUUUUUUUAAUGAGGAAAAAAAUGCGCGCUAUAAUGAGAGUAAGUUGUAUUUUUUGAAAUACUACAAAAUAGUAGGAGAAACAAAUACAUGAUGUUACCAGAAUAAAGUAGGAGUAGGUUAUAUUUUUGGAGAAAAAAAAUAACGUUUAAUGUUACAACCCGUAAAAAUGGGACAUUAUGGUUAUGUUUUUAUAAGUUUUUUUUUUUUUUUUGUAAUAUACCAACCUGAAAACAAAUUCUUGUUAUAGUAUGACUUGUUCUUGUAAUCUUGUUCUUGUAAAACUUUUAUUCUGAUAAGAUGCUGUCU